CUCCUCUGUUGGAGACAGAUUUCUCAUAAACAGCGGGAAAUUUCCACAUGUCACAGACGAAAACAACAAACAUACAUAACAAAGAGGCUGGUUCCAAUUUGGCAGUAUUGUAAAGUGCAGAUAAACAUAGAAUAAUGAAAAGUAGUAGAAGAAAAAGCAAAACUACUAAAGAGACAGACUCAGGGGAGACAACUAGUUUACAGAAUGUCCAGGAUGAACUCAGGCUGAGGUUUAGUCAGAAUGCACUGUCACCAGCAUUACAUGGCUAUGAAAAAGAAAGGAGGCAAUUGUUUGAUUUGAUCAAAAGAACUGCUUCCACUGGGGAGAGUAACUCUGUACUGGUUAUAGGACCUAGAGGAAGUGGAAAAACAAUGACAUUGAACAGUAUUUAUAAUGAACUGAUUGAGGAUGAUAACAUCAGAGAAAACUUACUACAAGUCAAGUUAAAUGGACUUCUACAAACAGAUGAUAAAAUUGCAUUGAAAGAAAUCACACGUCAGUUACAGCUGGAGAACACGCUGGGUGAUAAAGUUUUUGGUUCAUUUGCAGAGACUCUCCAGUUCUUAUUGGAUGCAUUGAAAUGUGGAAGUCAGAGUUCUAAGCCAAUCCUGUUUAUCCUGGAAGAGUUUGAUAUGUUUGCCCACCACAAAAACCAGACAUUGUUAUAUAAUUUGUUUGACAUUGCCCAGUCGGACCAGGCACCGAUAUGUGUAGUGGGUGUGACAUGUAGACUUGAUGUUAUAGAACUUCUUGAGAAGAGAGUGAAGUCAAGGUUUUCACAUCGCCAAGUGUAUUUCCUAAACAACUAUAAUUUUGAGAAUUAUUGCGACAUUUGUAUGUCUUACUUAAGAAUAGAAUCAAAACCAGUCGGCAGUGAUUUCAUCAAAGAGUGGAAUAAACAAGUGGAAAAAUUGAGUAAAGAUGGCACAGUCAGAGAUGUACUACAGCAACAGUUUAACUUCAAUAAAGAUAUUAGAGCUUUACAUCACAUUUUGAUGUAUGUUGUUUGUCAUCUGAAUGAGACUCACUCUUUCCCAACACCCAGUGAUUUUGUAGAAGCUAUGAAAGUUACAAUGACAGACAGCAAAUCAGCAAUGUUACAUGGAAUAUCUAUACUGGAGUUGUGUUUGAUCAUUGCCAUGAAACAUCUGACAGAUAUUUAUGACGGAGAACCUUUCAAUUUUGAGAUGGUUUAUAGUGAGUAUGCAAAGUUUGCUCAGAAAAGAUCUUCAAUGCAGAUGUAUGAAAAGGCAGUUGUACUAAAGGCAUUUGAACAUUUAUUAGCAUUAGAACUAGUUAAGUCAACUGAUGGUUCAGGAACUCGUAUUCAGAAAGAGUAUAGACUGAUGUCACUACUGAUUCAUCCAUCACAGAUAACUGACGCAUUACAAAAAUACCCACAAUGCCCUACAGAGGUCAAACAGUGGGCAUCAACAUCAGUCAUAUAAUUUUAAUGUUCAGUAGGAAAGGAUAUGAAAAACGGAACAGUGCACAAGAUAUAAACUUAGGGAGUUAUACAAAUAAUAUUUGAAUACAUAGAGCUUGUUCUUAAAACUUACGAGAGAUAUAUCUUAUGGUACAUUGUAUUAGAAUAUCAAGAAUUGGUAUAAAAACAUUUUCAUCAUUUAUAAAUGACAAUGCUUCAGGAAUCAUUGUUUUAUUGAAAUUU